AUGUCAACUCCUGCUCGACGACGCCUUAUGAGAGAUUUCAAAAGGUUACAGGAGGAUCCGCCUACUGGCGUUAGUGGAGCCCCUUCUGAUAAUAACAUUAUGAUUUGGAAUGCUGUAAUAUUCGGUCCACACGAUACACCUUUUGAAGAUGGAACAUUUAAGUUAACCAUCGAGUUCACAGAAGAGUACCCAAAUAAACCUCCUACUGUUAGAUUUGUCAGUCAUAUGUUUCAUCCUAAUGUAUACGCAGACGGUGGUAUAUGUUUAGAUAUAUUACAAAACCGAUGGAGCCCUACAUACGAUGUAUCAGCUAUAUUAACUUCAAUUCAAUCAUUAUUGAGUGACCCAAACCCCAACUCUCCGGCUAAUUCAAUGGCUGCACAAUUGUACAAAGAAAAUAGAAGAGAAUAUGAAAAACGGGUGAAGGCUUGUGUAGAACAAAGCUUUAUUGAUUAG